UUCUGUUGUUGAGCCUCGUGAUUAGGCAAGCAAACAAGGUUUAAAGGUUUCCAUAAACACGACGGGGUAGAAGUUGGUCGUCAUAUAGCACCUUAGCGACGCAAGCUCAAUGUUUUUUCGGCUAUGAAACAUCGGGGGCCAUGGGGGUUAAGCAGCGGGUAGCCGCCUUCUCGCUUUUCAGAGCCGCUUUGUGUUUGUGGCUGUUGUGUGGAAGGACCUCCGGCAAACCUGUGAGGAAAUGUGGCGGCGCCAACCCGUGCGGGUCCCCGGGACCUCCAGUGGUCCUCAUUCCGGGGGACCUGGGAAACCAGCUGGAAGCAAAGCUAGAUAAACCCAGCGUGGUUCAUUACAUUUGUUACAAGAAGACGGACACUUUCUUCACUUUAUGGCUCAACUUGGAGCAGCUUGUGCCUGUUGCCAUCGACUGCUGGAUGGACAACAUAAGGCUGAUCUACAACAGGACCACACACAGCACUUCGUCGCCACCGGGGGUGAAUAUCAGCGUCCCAGGAUUUGGCCAGACGUACUCAGUGGAGUAUCUGGACCCCAGUAAACGCAGUGUCGGUAUGUAUUUUUUUAAUAUUGUACAGGCACUGGUGGACUGGGGCUACACUCGAGGUGACGAUGUGAGAGGAGCUCCUUAUGAUUGGAGGAGAGCACCGAAUGAGAACAAGGAGUACUUCCUGGCGUUACAGGGGAUGAUCGAGGAGAUGGCAGAGAAGGCGGGCGGGCCUGUUGUGUUGAUUGCCCACAGUAUGGGCAACAUGUACACACUGUACUUCCUCAACCAGCAGCCGCAAGCCUGGAAAGACAAAUUCAUCAAAGCGUUCAUCGCUCUCGGACCGCCGUGGGCUGGCGUGGCCAAGACGCUGCGUGUCAUCACCUCUGGUGACAAUAACGGCAUCCCAGUGAUCAGACCACUAAAGAUCCGCUCUCAACAACGUACGGCCGUGUCCACCUCUUGGCUCCUUCCCUACGCUCACUCCUGGCCUAAAGAUAAGGUUUUGAUCCAGACACCGACAACUAACUAUACCGUGAUGGACUACAAGCGACUCUACUUAGACCUGGGUUUUGAGGACGGCUGGCUUAUGCGCGAGGACACGGAGUCUCUGCUCUUUGACCUCACACCGCCCGGUGUGGCCAUCCACUGCUUGUAUGGCUCUGGCGUGCCCACGUCGGAAGCCUUCCAGUACACAUCCAAGUUCCCCGAUGAGGAUCCCACCGUGCUGAUGGGUGACGGCGAUGGGACGGUCAACCUGCUGAGCGCCACCCAGUGCAAGCGGUGGGUGGGGCGGCAGAAACAAGCGGUGACCUUGCAAGAGCUUCCCGGGAACGAGCAUGUGAACAUACUGCUCAAUGUCUCCACUGUGGCCUACAUCAAGAAGGUGCUUUUUGAAACUGGUCCCUAACGCCGCACGGGAAAAACUCCCCUCAGUCAGUUGUGCUGUUUAACUUGUCAUUUGUGCUGCUAUCGUUUUACCGCUCCUAAAUGCCUGCGUGUACAUGUCACAAUUGCCGUCUGGAAAGUUGCAGCAGCCGUUUUGACACCUUUUAGUGAAUAUUGAUUCAAUAUGAUCCUUAUUGGCUGCUGCUCCAGUGCUUAUUGUCACCAGUUUUAAAUGAAUUUUAUACAGUUGAUGUCAGAAUGUUUACGGAUAAACUUAGAUUCUUAGGUUUCCAAGAAUCUAUGGCAUUAG